UGACAGUUCCAAAAGAUUCAGGAAAACAGGACUACGUGUCCUGGAUAAACUUGUCCUUGAAUCUUUCAUUUGUGCAUGCAUGGUUGUUUUUAAAACCUCGUAUUGUCGUAUCGUUUACUAAUUUCCAUGACUUGACGUUUUGUCAAACUCGAAACCCGUCAUCAAAAUUCGCAGUGAUUUCAUUUCGUUUCACCAAAAUGCAACCUCAGGCUUCAUCGGACCGCGUCCGGUUGCGUAUCACAGUGUCGCCGUCCCAUCCCCACAGUUCGCAGUCGUCGCAACCUAAUAUUCCGGAAAAACUUUUACGCCUGAUGCGAAAAUACAAAUACAACUGGAGGAUCGAUCAGUUGUCUCGUCCGAAGCUACGCACCAGAAAAUUUGUCGGUCAACCUGAUAUUUUGCCGCUCAAGCGAAGGGACAUUGCCAUCAAUGAAAAAACAAAAUUUUUCGCCGAUCACAUGUCACGUCCGAAACUCAAAGACCUGUACGAAAACAAACGUUUGCACGGCCACAGGAAGCACUUGGCGGCUAAAAUUGAAAAGAACAUCGACAAAAGUUGGAAUUCGAUGUAUAACUUUUACAAGAGAAAAGAGAGAGAUAGGCGCGCGAGGCAAUCAAAAAGGACAAUCGAGAAGCCCAAAGUCGAAGUGAACUGGAAAAGGUUAGACGACUUGGCCAGGCCGAAGCUCGUGGUACAACCACAACCGUUGAAACGAAAAACCUCGAAAAGAUUCAGUAAUUACGAUAGGCUGGACGAUCUGGCCGCUCCCAAGCGUUACUUAAUUGUCUCCCCCAAGAGUUUCGAGGUAAGCCCUGCCGCUUUGGUUUACGAACCCACCGAAAACAUAUUGAGGUUGGCGAAAGUUCCCUCUCGAUUGUUGCAUUUACCCGAGCCUUUGAUACCUGGCUCCGUCAAAAGAAGCGCCUUACAGUACAAGAUCACGCCUCGCAUCGAAGAAAUAGCCGUACCGAAGCGCAGAAGCGAGAAAAUCAAAGUGGACGAAGACUUCGACCCGUGGGCCAUACCCAAGAACGCUUUGACCUAUCAUCCGACACCUCGAAUACUGGAGUUAGCCAGACCGAUCGAGAGAGACUAACCAUAAGCUAAAAUAUCUAGCUGCUGGUUAUUUGCUUAAAUGGUCGGCUUUUAGGAUAAAAAUGAAACAUAUGAAAAUAAAAUGUUAUCAAUAAUCAUAUACUGGGUGUCCCAGUAACGAUACUCAGAGAAAACGUUGCUUAAAAGCUUUUUUUUCAGUUUUCACUCUACGGGGUGGUAAACAAUGCCUUUUAUUCUACCCCAGAAGGCAAAAAUCCAAGUCAGGUCUGGAGAUCGGGCAGGCUAUGGAAACAAACUGCCACGUGUUAGGCGAAGGUUUUGUUUCCACAUUUAACAGAAUCGAAGCUAAAUUGCACUUGAUGAAAAUCCAUUUAACAGAAUUAAAUUAGGACAACAAAUAUAGAUUGAUAGAUAAGAUUAUAACUAAAAAAAGGUUUCAAAUAACUCAAAACUCUGUCCAUGUCAUGUUAAUUACCGAGCGCAAAAUUUAUAGAUUGACAAAAUACAGGAGAAUUGAGCAAGAAAAUGAAAACCUUUCAAAAUAAAUUGGACAAACCCUGCAUUUUUGAAAAAAGGCAUUCUUUUCUGUGAUACAAUAUGCAGGGUAUCCCAUUUAAAAAAUAUCAUUUUAUGCGAAAGGAGAAAAAAUUUUUUAUUACAAAACUUUCAUACAAACAUGUCUUUCCAUCUCUCCAAAUAAAAAAGUUGUGAUUUGUGAUUAAUAUUUUUCUACAAUAUAUUCAUGUUAAUCGAGCAGUUUUUUAACAAUUAAAUAACUACCAAUAAAUAUGAACGCCGCAAAUUAAUUCACAAAUUAAUUUCAUUCGGCCUUGUUCCUAUUUGAGCACAAGACCGCUUGAGUUUAUGCAGCCAGUUUUUUAGGCUGAUACUCUUUUUCAAAUGGGUGCUGUGUUGCGAUGACAACAGAUUCUCGAAAAAAUAAAAAUGGCAAAUACCGGG